GUUGAAGUGUUGACCAAAUUGAUCCGUCCAUUGGAAGCAUCUCCGCCCCUAUCAGCACGAUAACAACGCAGUGCUCAGAUCCGUUUAGCUAAACGUGUCACAGUUCUCUUCUUUUUCUUUGUUUUUCUCAGAGACUUCUCUAUAGCUCGUCCGUUUAACUAAAGAUUAUAGAAGUUCGCCUGAAAGCUUUUAAUCUGAUUUAGAAUCGGAUAUAAAGAAUUUUCUGUAAUGGCUGGUCAUGGAAAGCGUUCCCGCUCUCAGUCUGACUAUGACGCCAGAGGAAAUAAAAAGAGGAAUACGGGUGAUGACAGAGAACAGUUUGUAAUUGAUCCUGAAGAUACCGUGUACCGUUAUCUGUGCCCUGUCCGAAAGAUCGGCAGUGUUAUUGGUAGGGGAGGUGAGAUUGUUAGGCAACUGAGGAUAGACACCAAAUCAAAGAUUAGGAUCGGUGAGACAGUUCCGGGAUGUGAAGAGCGUGUUAUUACAAUCUACAGCCCCGGUGAGGAGACUAAUGCUGCUGAGGAUGGAGGCAAUUUUGUAUCACCGGCUCAGGAUGCUCUAUUUAAGGUGCAUGACAGAGUGGUUGCUGAAGAAUUUCAUGGAGACGAGGAUAUUGAAGGAGGCCACCAAGUUGUAGCUAAGUUACUUGUACCAUCUGACCAGAUAGGUUGUGUUAUUGGAAAAGGUGGGGUGAUAGUUCAGGGCAUCCGUAACGACACAGGUGCCCAGAUUCGUAUACUAAAGGACGAACAUUUACCUCGAUGUUCAUUGAGCUCUGACGAGCUUGUGCAGAUUUCUGGGGAUCCUGCAAUUGUGAAGAAAGCUCUGUAUCAGAUUGCAACUCGACUUCAUGAUAACCCAUCUCGAUCUCAGCAUCUGCUUGCCUCUGCUAUGCAUUCUACCGGAGGCUCACUUGUGGGUCCAACCACAGGAGCUCCAAUUGUGGGGAUAGCUUCUGUCAUGGGUGCUUAUGGACGAUAUAAAGGUGACGCUGGCGGCUGGCCGAGGUCAUUGUACUCAGCUCCAGGAGAUGAGAUAUCAUCAAAAGAAUUUUCAGUUCGCUUGGUUUGUCCAACUGGAAACAUUGGAGGCGUGAUAGGCAAGGGUGGUGCUAUAAUAAAUCAAAUUAGGCAGGAUUCUGGAGCAACUAUCAAAGUUGAUAGUUCAGCAACCGGAGAUGAUUGCUUAAUCACCAUUUCAAAAAAGGAGUUCUUUGAAGAUACAUUUUCUCCAACAAUAGAGGCAGCUGUGUGUUUACAACCCCGGUGCAGUGAGAAAGUUGAAAGAGAUUCAGGAAUAAUCUCAUUCACAACCCGUCUGCUGGUGCCAACCUCACGAAUUGGUUGCCUUAUUGGUAAAGGAGGAUCUAUCAUCACUGAAAUGAGGAGGCUCACAAAGGCUAACAUCCGCAUCUUGUCAAAGGAAAAUCUUCCUAAAAUUGCAUCUGAUGAUGAUGAGAUGGUACAGGUUUCUGGAGACCUCGAUGUUGCCAAGGAUGCCGUUGUGCAAGUCCUCACACGGCUAAGAGCAAAUCUGUUUGAUAAAGAGGGCACUGCUCCGGCAUUUCUUCCAGUUUUGCCAUAUCUUCCUGUUUCAGCAGAUGGCUCAGACUAUGACAAUAGAGAUGGCAAACGUCAUGGACGUGGACCUUUGUAUCAAAGUGGCUAUGGUGGCUCAAAUGAUUUGGAAGCUGGUGAUGGUUUCGGAAGCUAUGGCAGUUUACAGCUUGGCAGCAGCAGUGCUUAUGGAGCCUAUGGAAGUUAUUCUUUGGGACGGGCUAGCAUUUCUGGGUUGUCUAGUCAGAACAAUGUUUCUCGCAGGAGAAACAAUGCUUACUAAAACUUGGUUGAUCUGCAGCUGAGAUUUGUGAAGCCUGAAGCCUGCCUACUGCCUUAACCAGAAGACCAGAUGAACCAGGGUUUGACAAACUCAUGGCCCUCCCUCCUUGACGCUUCUACUUAGUGGACCAAACAUACGUGGAGACUAUUAAAAUCGGCCAUGUCCUUUUUACCUUGAUUCCCCAGCUUGAUAACUUGUGCUACCAAGAACCUAUAUAGUCGCUUGCCUUUGUUGCUGCUUUCUGAUUCUAACGUGUCUUUAGAAUUAAAAAUUCUGCGAUGCUGUGAUCCUUGGGUGGUUAUAUAUUUGUACCGUUGCUCUUGGGUUUUGUUUUCCUAAUUGUUCAGCAUUGUUUGGAUUACGAACUUUUUGGUUAUUUGAAUUUAAUGGUGUUGAUUCCUGGUAAGUUGUUCUUCACAUCAAAUUUUGGUGGAGCCUUGUGUCAUCUGUAUUGCAGGUGUCAAUUUCUUCCUCUAUCUAUCACUGGAAGCAGGUGACGGUAUGUUGCAUUAUUUGCCUGUGAAACUUCAUUCUUAAAAAUUGAAGAGUACUUAUUUGUUGAAUUAGUAAAGGUAUGAACGUAUUGCAGCUCGCUCUACUAGGUAAGAAAGCUAACUUGACUAGGACAGUGUAUUGGGUGGGAGGCAUGUUUUAUCUUUGGUGAUCCAGAAAUGUCCCUGUAUGUUCAUCUCCUUCCCGAGUUACCGAUACGGUACAUUAUUCAAUAUCUCAAAUUGCGCAACCGGUGCAUAGUCUUUUUCUGAGCUUAAUCGGCAUUACAGCAUUUUAGAAUUCCAUCAGUUUUUCUUUUACAUUUAAACAAAGACUUUGAUGGGCUAAGGGGUAGGACAACCGAAUUUGCUUUUAGGCAUCUUCCAGUCUUUCAAGAGGUUGCAUCGUGUGAAUAAAAUGUUUCUGUGCCAUUUUGAUGAUUCGAGGAACCUUGAUACCUAUCCAAGUGAUAUUGGUAGGGACUCUGAGCGAUUGAAAUUUGGCUGUUGAUGUGAUAGGCGCACAAUAUCAUUGGGAAGAUUUUAUUUUUUAUUGUGAUUUGCUGACAUGCAGCUUUGGCAAAACGAUAUUCAGGUUCUUUGUAACUUUUUGUUUUGGUGUAAAGUUCCUUGCAACUUAUUUUUAAUCA